AUGAGCUAAACCGUGAUCAUAGUAGGAGUCACUAACGGGACAUUGGAUCAGCUCAAAUCCUCCGCACUUGUUCGACUCUGCCUCCGCCCAGCGCUUCUCAUCGACGCAGAACACAGAUGACAACGAAAUAAUUGAUUAAUUUCUAACUUGACAAAUUUAAGCGUAACCCGAAUUUACACAAUUACAAAGUAAACAUGUUCCGAAUGAUGGAGCCGUUUGAAAGCGAGAAGCUCCAAUUACAAGAGCUCAACCAAAGACUCGGCCAGUACCUAAUGCGCUCAAAACAGUUGGAACAAGAAAACACCGGCUUGAUAAGCGAAAUAAAUUCAAUCAGACAAAACAGGUCUGGAGAAUGGGAAAACAAACACAUGUCCGAACUACGGGAAAUGAGGAGACUGGUGGAGCGAUUAUCUUUCGAGAAAUGCAGAGCAGAGAUGGAACGGCAGAAGCUGCGCAAUGAACUCCAGAUGCUUCAAGCGAUGCGUUCAGAUGAAGCUUCGGUGGGCAAAGGCAUCGGCACUGAGCUCCAAGGCUGCGAGAGGCAGCUCCAUCAUACUCUUCAGACCAACGGUGCUUUGGAAGAUCGCCUUUUUGAGCUCGAAAACGAAUAUAAGUUUUUGGAAGAUGCCCACAGAAAGGAAAUCGGCCAGCUGAGGAACCAGGCGCACUCCCGAACUGUACGCGUUGUGACUCAAACGCAUCACGCACCUCCAGCAGUUACGAUGGAAGAGAUGCAGGAGUAUGCGGCCAACUUCACUGAAAGCUGGCAGGGGACUUUGGACAUGUACCGCCUGAGGGUAGAGGAAAUCGAAGAGUCUAUAAAAGCAGACCACGCGAGGCUGGAGGACAUUCAGAGGGAAAAGAGGGAAUGUGCUUCACAGUUCAAGAGGCUGCGUGACGAGAUUGAGAAACAAACACAAGUGCAGCAGAACCUUGAGGAGCAGCUCGAGAACAUGCAAGAACAUUUCAGAGAUGAAAUCAGUCAGUAUCAGGCUAUCAUUGAGGAACUGGAGUAUGAGCGCAGAAUGUUGUCCAACACCAUCUCAGAGAAGCUGAAGGACCAUCAGGAUCUCUUACAGGUCAAGAUGGGUCUUGCUUUGGAAGUGGCAGCAUACAGGGCACUCUUGGAAGAAGAAGGAAGACAUGCUCAAAUGUGGUCUAAUCAGCAUUCAAGAGAAAGAAAAAUAGAUAUAAAAAUGCCAUCCCAUCCUUACACUCCAAGAGUGUCCAUCAAUUCGGCAAGUCGGCCAGAUACAAGGAAAAAAGCCUUCACAGGAUAUGAUGUUAAGUAUAUGGAGCCUAUUUCCAGUGUGAGAACCUCAUCUACAUCAAGUCAGUUUCAUUCUCACGAACCCUCAAGGAUCGUGCCCAUCAGUGUAUCAAAUCGUGCCCAGCAAAGUCCUGUUUCAAGAAGGGACAUGAUUUCAUUCACCAAAGCAGCGCAGGCAGCUGCUUCCAGUACCCUGAAACCUGGAGUCUCUUCUGUUGAGAUAAAGAGAGAGGAAACCGAUCAGAGAAGUAUGAGAAAGGAGGUUUCACAGCACUCUUCAAAGGGCUCACUUGAUCGUCCCCCCUAUAGAAUCGAAAGUAUAUCAAGCUCUACAGCCUCAAAAAUAGAGAAACCAAAGCCAGCGAAUGUGAUAUCACCCCUUGCGAGUUUGAGCAAGAACACCACUGAAGAAAGCAAACAAAAAGAUGUUGAACCGAAAGAAAAGAGAAUGGAUGCCAAACAAGAUAAAGAAAAACCCAAGGCAACAAAUAAAGAAGAAAGAGGGGAUGUGAAAGAAUCAAUAGCUAAAGAUGUGAGAGUGUCUGAAAAUGUAGGGCAUAAGGUGUUUGUAGGUGAGGAAAAAGUACUAGAUGCAAUUUCUACAGAGGAAAUAAUUCAGCAGGUCAUGAAACCAGCUGGUUUAGAUACUAGGGUCAGCUCAAGGUCCCCCGACUCAAAAUUCACAUAUCAUGUGGAGAAAACGGAGCAAGAGGAUGGAUCCAUCAAGACUCAGAUUGUCUUACAAUCUAAAGUUGAGGAGCAGCUGGAUCUGUCUGAAGAUUCUGCCCUGGAGGACCUUCUCAACAGGGGAGUCAAGAAAGUUACCCUGGAGAACAUCAAAGGAACCCCAACUGGAACCAUGAUCGAGAACCUGCUGAGUCUUGGCCUGCAAGGUGAGAGUUUGGGAAAUAGGUCAGUGAAUGUGGAGAUAAUCGAGGAACCUGUGGAGUCUCAGAGUGAUGAGGAGAGUGAAAUUGAAAUAGAGGAGACUAUGGAGAUUAAGUCUAAACAACCAAACAUCAGUCCCUCAUCGAUGUUCUUCCAAAUAGAGGAGCUAGAGAGUGACCCUAAGACCAUGAAACCCUUUGACAGUGGUUCUGCUGAAGCCUCUCAUUAUGGAAACAGUGGCUCUGUACAAGUUCAGGAAGUUACCAGAGAUGAAAACAUACCAUACUUCUCGCAUGUCCAAGAGUCACAAGAAUACUUUGUAUCCACUCCUGAAGACAAUAUGUCUGAGUUUGAGGAGGGUGGAAGGUUUAUGUCUUACAGCCAUUAUGGAGUUAUGGAUGAUCUGUCUGAUGAACGAUAUUACCAGGAAGAAGACCACAAACAGCCCACUGCUGAAGGUCAGAGGUACAGAGAUUCACCCGAAUAUGGUGACCACUCGUUUUUGAGAGACAACAUCGAAGACUGCAUAAUUGAAGAGGAGGUGCACGUCUCUCCCACCCUGCAACAGUCCAUAGUAGGGAUCCUGAAGAAGGAGUCUCUAGACCCCGAACAGCAGCUCAGAGGAGCAUUAGAGCAAAUCCAAGAUACGGUAUCUGGAGCCCUCAAGGAAGAACUUGCAUUUUUCACAAAAGGUAGAGAGACUCCAGAAAAUGUCUCUGUUGACAUCAAAAAAGUUGAACAAGUUACAGACAGCGGAACCAUGACCAUUGUGGCUGAGGUUAAUGUGUCCCAGACGUUGGAGGAGUCUGGGCUGCUGGAAGAAGAAGGAGAUGAUCUGUCUGAAGAGCAGAUAAUGGCAGCACUGAGCUCAUCCCACCCAGGACUCCAGCAGGUCCUCGGUGGUGGAGCUGGUGCAGGAUACACCAUGAACAUUUCCCAAGAGGAGUUUCAAGUGGAGGGAAUGCCAUGGAUGACCAGCAACGAAGAGAUCCAACAAUGGAGCUCAACCGAUGAGGUCGGCAAGACGGAAAAACACAUCAAGCUGGGCCCUAGUGAGAAAUCCUUCACUUUUAAGAUGGACGUGAACAACGGCUCCUCUGCAUCAACAAGCGGAGGAGCCGUUAAAGUACAAAGAAGCGGCAGCGCUACUGAGUACUCACAGACCCAGAUGAUUGACCCCCACUUGAAGGUCUGUCAUGAGAAAAGAAUCGCAACUGUUUAUCUUGAAAGCCCCAAAGACGAGUGAUAUCAUGAAAUAACAUCUAAAUGACACAUUGAAUGUGUCAACAUUCAUGUCAAUCAAAUAAUUCAUUAUGAAAUGAACCAAAAAAAAUCAGCUGUUGUAAACCAGAAUUAAAAAUUCAUGGUCCAUCAUGACUGUUACACACUAAAAAUGUUACUGAUCCCAGUUUUUGAACAGUACUGUAACUGACAUAGCUAAUGUAUUAACAAAGCUAAAGCUAAUCACUUUAAUACUUUGCUUUGUAUAUAUUAUUAACUACCACAUUUUAUUUCAUUUUCAAUAUAUAGUACAGCUUUAACUAAGCACAGAAAAAGUGAAAAACAGUAUUUUCUUUGCAUUUCAUUUUUAAAUAGCUUAAAAAAUACAUUGCUGCCUAUAAAAAAACACACACGUUGUUAUUGUACCGUCUUGUGCUUCUAGUUUCCAUAGAAUUGCAAAAACAAGUUUGGCAUGUUUUAAUCUUUUUAUGAAAUAUGUUAAACAGAGAUUGAUCAGACGGAGAUAUUUACAAAAGUAUGCAGAAAUUCUAGAUUAGUGCAGGCUAUUAUUGGCCAUAUAUUUGUGAGUUAUUCAAA